AUGAUGUCCAUGAACAGCAAACAGCCUCAUUUUGCCAUGCAUCCCACCCUACCUGAGCACAAAUACCCCUCUCUACACUCCAGCUCGGAAGCAAUAAGAAGAGCGUGUCUACCAACUCCACCGCUGCAGAGCAAUAUCUUCGCCAGCCUCGAUGAGACCCUGCUGGCGCGGGCCGAGGCUCUGGCCGCGGUCGACAUCGCCGUCUCGCAGGGCAAGAGCCACCCGUUCAAGCCCGACGCCACGUACCACACCAUGAACAGCGUGCCCUGCACCUCCACCUCCACCGUGCCCCUGGCGCACCACCACCACCACCACCACCACCAUCACCAGGCGCUGGAGCCCGGCGACCUCCUGGACCACAUCACCUCGCCCUCCCUCGCGCUCAUGCCCGGCGGAGGCGGCGGCGGAGGCGGCGGCGGCGGCGGCCACGACGGGGCGGGCGGCGGCGGCGGCGGGGCCGGCGGCGGCGGGGGCGGCGGCGGCAGCGGCGGGGCCGGCGGCGGCCUCAUCUCCACCUCGGCCCACCCGCACUCGCACAUGCACGGCCUGGGCCACCUCUCGCACCCGGCCGCCAUGAACAUGCCGUCGGGGCUGCCGCACCCGGGGCUGGUGGCCGCGCACCACGGCGCCGCGGGGCAGGUGGCCUCGGCGGCGGCCGUGGUGGGGGCGGCCGGGCUGGCCUCCAUCUGCGACUCGGACACGGACCCGCGGGAGCUGGAGGCCUUCGCCGAGCGCUUCAAGCAGCGCCGCAUCAAGCUGGGGGUGACCCAGGCCGACGUGGGCUCGGCGCUGGCCAACCUGAAGAUCCCGGGCGUGGGCUCCCUCAGCCAGAGCACCAUCUGCCGCUUCGAGUCCCUCACCCUCUCCCACAACAACAUGAUCGCCCUCAAGCCCAUCCUGCAGGCCUGGCUGGAGGAGGCCGAGGGCGCCCAGCGGGAAAAAAUGAACAAGCCCGAGCUCUUCAAUGGGGGCGAGAAGAAGCGCAAGCGGACUUCCAUCGCCGCCCCGGAGAAGCGCUCGCUGGAGGCGUACUUCGCCGUCCAGCCCCGGCCCUCCUCCGAGAAGAUCGCCGCCAUCGCCGAGAAAUUGGACCUCAAAAAGAACGUGGUGCGGGUUUGGUUUUGCAACCAGAGACAGAAGCAGAAACGGAUGAAAUUUUCCGCCACCUACUAG